AUGUGGAAGAGAAUCGACCAUCAACCCAAGAUCAAAGCAGUGGAUGGACCUCAGGCAGGCCAGUUCAAGGAACUGGGUGCAGCUCGGGAACCUGCCAUGCCACACCCUCUAGAGCUGUCAGAAUUCCAGAGCUUCCCUGUGUUUGAGGAUAUUAGCCAUCACAUCAAAGAGGUGGGGGCCCAACUGGUAAAGAAAGUCAAUGCCAUCUUUCAGCUGGACAUCACCAAAGAUGGGAAGACCAUUCUGCAGUGGACCAUUGAUCUGAAGAAUGGCUCUGGGGACAUGUAUCCCGGAUCCGCCAGGCUUCCAGCAGACACUGUCUUCACAAUCCCGGAACCUGUCUUCAUGGAGUUGGUUUUGGGCAAAAUGAACCCUCAGAAGGCUUUCCUUGCUGGCAAGUUCAAAGUGAGCGGCAAAGUUCUGCUUGGCCAGAAGCUGGAGAGAGUUUUCAAAGACUGGGCUAAAUUUUAA